AUGAAUGUGACUCCAUUCAGUUUAGAAUUACUUGGAGAGUAUCCCAGGAACUUCUCCGUAUUCCCUCCCAGGAGCAACCUGAGCUUUUGGGAGACUAUCCAUUUAAACAUCAACCUGCUGUUCUCGGGUUAUGAACCCACCACCAUUGUCUUGGGGGUGAUCUACACUCUGUCCUUCAUCACUGGCUUGGUGGGCAAUGUCAUGGCUUUGAGGGCGCUGACCAGGAAGAGGAGAAACCGACUGGCCGGCGCCGCCGCUACCCGCAGCCUGCUGGUCAACCUGGCGACCUGUGAUAUGAUGGUGGUGUGUGUCUGCAUGCCCGUGACCCUGGGCCACCAGGUCUACAACGCCUGGGUGUUUGGGGACUUCAUGUGCAGGGCCGUUCCGUUUGUCCAGGCGGUGGCAGUCUCCGCCAGCGUCUUAAGCCUGGCGGUGAUCAGCCUGAACCGCUACUACAGUGUGCACAGCCCCCUCCACGCCAGGGCGUUCUUCACCUGGAGAAGGAUCUGCUGCAUGAUCGCCGGGGUCUGGCUUCUCUCGUCCGGCCUCUGCAUGCCUCUCAUCUUCAUGAAUCAGACCGAAGAGCUGGUGCUGCUGGAGGGCAGGCUGAGCAUCCCGGUGUGCACAGAGAGCUGGUCCUCGCCGACGCUCAGGCAGGGCUAUAACUUCCUGCUGUUCUGCGCUCUUUAUGGCCUCCCGGUGCUCUUCAACCUCCUCAUCUGCUUCCUGACCGCCCGGCGCCUCUGGAGUAACCAGGACCGGUUCCAGGAGGGGAACAAGAGGCAGCUGGUCGGCAGCAGCUCCCGCCUGAAGACCCGCAAGAAGAUUGUCAAGAUGGUGGUGGCCCUGGUUCUCCUCUUCACCCUGUCCUGGCUGCCCUUCUACGUGAUUGAUAUCUGGAUUGACUUCAGCGUUCCCAAUGCCCAGCCGGACGGUGCCCACCAGGACUGGGUCCUUCACGUCAGGUCCUUUGCCCAAUGGUUAGGUCUCACCAACUCCAGCCUCAACCCGCUGUGCUACUGCUUCAUGGGCAACCUCUGCAGGUCUGUGAAGAGGAUCAAGAAAAGCUACAGGGAGCGAAUCUCUUCCGCCCUCAACCUGAACAUGUCUCAGACUCCAUCCAACUCCUCGGUGCUGUUGGGUGACCGAGCUGCCAAUGACAUCCCCAAAACUGACUUCACCAACUGGGCAGGAGGCCCAACCCUCACCAAAGGCGAAAGUGGAUCUUCUGGAACCACUUGUGAGUCAGCCUUCGAAUAA